AUGCCCGGAAAGAUCCUCUGUGUAGCCGAAAAGCCCUCGAUCGCCAAAGCCGUGGCGGGGCACCUCAGCGGCGGCCAAUUCACAGCUAGACCCACCCAGAACAAGUAUGUCAAGAACUACGAGUUCACAUACACGUUCCCCGCGCCGUGGGGCCACUGCAAUGUCGUCAUGACCUCUGUGCUAGGACAUACCGUCGAGUGGGACUUUACUAGCGACUAUAGGAAGUGGCACUCCUGUCACCCCGGAGAGCUGUUUGAUGCGCCGACUGAGCAGUUGAUCAAAGAACGCAACGACGUCGCCGAAAACAUCCGAACGUACGCGCGGGGGGCGCUGGCGCUGUUCAUCUGGACCGACUGCGACCGGGAGGGGGAGUACAUAGGUGCGGAGGUGCGGGACAUCGCGCUGGGGGUGAACCCUCGCUUGCAGGUGAAGCGGGCGAAGUUCAGCAACAUCGAGCGCAGCCACAUUCUUGCUGCUGCGCAGCGGCCAAUAAACCUCGACGAGAACCAGGCGGCGGCUGUGGCCGCAAGAACGGAGCUGGAUCUAAGGAUUGGCGCGGCGUUUACAAGAUGGCAGACACUGCAGCUGCAGAGCAUUCCUGGCCUCGAGGAUAGGAUCAUUAGCUAUGGCAGCUGUCAGUUCCCGACCCUUGGGUUUGUGGUGGAUCGGUUUAGGAGGGUUAAGAAUUUUGUCCCCGAGCCGUUUUGGUCCAUCAAAGUUAAUCAUAGGAAGGAUGAGGUUAAUGUCAACUUCAAUUGGGAUCGCAAUGUCCUCUAUGAUCGCAUGAUGACUGUCAUUCUGUUUGAAAGGUGCCUGCAGGCAAAGACGGCGAAGGUCACGGAUGUCAACACGAAGCCGACGAAGAAAUGGAAACCAUUACCAUUGACCACAGUUGAGCUGCAAAAGCUGGGGAGUAGAUUCCUAGGCUUGACAUCCAAAGUAGUGAUGGAGGUCGCAGAAAAACUGUACACUCAAGGCUUCAUCAGCUAUCCCCGUACAGAGACCGACCAGUUCGACCGCGGCAUGGACCUACAAGCGCUGGUACAAAAGCAAACCGCCAGCAACGAAUGGGGCCAAUUCGCAACCCAACUCGUGAACGGCGGCUUCUCGCAACCGCGCACCGGCCCGCAUAACGAUCAAGCGCACCCUCCAAUCCACCCCGUAGCGUUCGUAGCGCCGACGACGCUCUCAGCCACGGAGCGGCGGGUAUACGAAUUCAUCACACGACGCUUCCUGGCGUGCUGCAGUCUGGACGCGAUCGGCCAAAGCAGCAAAGUUUCCCUGCAGUGGGGCUCUGAAUCCCUCUACGCGAGCGGACUCCAAGUCCUCGCGCGCAACUACCUCGACGUGUACCCGUACGACCGAUGGGAGUCCUCACAGCAGCUCCCGGCCUUCACCAUCGGCGAGACGUUCAUCCCCACGGAGGCGAACAUCACAGAGGGCAAGACCACCGCACCAGGCUUCCUCACCGAGCCCGAACUCAUCGGCCUCAUGGACGUCAACGGCAUCGGCACAGACGCCACUAUGGCUGACCACAUCACCAAGAUAAAAGACCGCGAAUACGUCUUUACGCGUCCCAAAGGGCGCGCCGGCGCAGCCGGUGCAGCCCCACUAGCCGACGACGCGCCAGCUGGGCGCGGUCGCGGGCGGGGGCGCGGGCGUGGCCGUGGCGGCGCAGCCGCCACAGGCAGCAGCAGCGGCGGCGGAGGCACGGAGGAGUUCGUCCCGAGCAGCCUAGGUAUCGCGCUGAUCGAGGGGUACGACGAGAUCGGCUUCGAGAACUCGCUGUCGAAGCCGUUCCUGCGCAAGGAGAUGGAGGAGAAGAUGAAAAAGAUCUGUGAGGGCACCAUGACUAAGCAGGCGGUUGUUCAGGAGUGUAUCGAGCAGUACCGCGAGAUUUUUACCCGUGCGGUUGGGCAGGCGGGGGUUUUGAAGAAUAAAACGAAACAUUAUAUGGCCGCGUAA